AUGUCCACCACGGUCAAGGUAGCAGUCACGCAGCACGAGCCCGUGUGGUUCGAUCUCCAGGCUACGGCCGACAAGACGCGUUGCUUGAUCGAGGAGGCAGCGAGUAAUGGCGCGAAACUCGUUGCAUUUCCUGAGGUCUGGAUCAUGGGAUAUCCAGUGUGGAUAUGGGCGCGCCCUAUCGACCCUCCGCUAGCGACCAAAUACAUCAAAAACUCCCUCUCCUACGACUCUCCAAAGAUGGCACAGAUCUGCGCCGCCACCGCAGAAGCCCGCAUCGAAAUUGAUUGUAGCGAUUUUGGUCGGCAACGACUAAGUUCGAGUUUCUUGGAUCGUACCAUGAAAGGAAUCGCCCACGUCGCCUUCACCAUGGCCGAUCUGCAGGAGCUCCUUCAACGGCUCAAUGGCGGCGGUGCUUCUGGUGGCAACCACCAACAGCUCCCGUCCAGCCAGCAACAGCACCCUCACUACCAGCAACCCUCGGUCUCUUCGCCCAUCUUCUCGCCCGCACCGGGUGGACCCGCGCCUCACCAUCCGUCGCACAUCCUGUCGCCCAACAUGUCGUCUGCGAACACGCCCGCGCCCGAACACGGCGCCGGGCCUGUGUCGCAGCAGACGCCGCAGCAGCAGUCGGCCAACCUGCUGAGCCUGCUGCGCUUCAACCAGCCCGCUCUCGGCCAGCGCAGCGUCUCGCAGCAGCCCUCGCCGCAGCAGGCAGCCCUCGUCCCGGCCCACGGCCGCACUGUCUCGGCCUCGGACUUUGUCGCUGGCUUCAUGGGCAACCGGUCGGACUCGCAGGGCGCUGUCCCCGCGGUGCCGUCUGGCGUGCAGUCUCCGCCCGCCCCCGUCGCCGCUGAGAACCCCCAGGAUCUGCUGCUGCGUCUGCUGAACCACCCCAAGCCCCCUCAGUCGCCCGCCCGUUCGUCGCGCGCCUCUCCUGCCGCCUUUUCGCCGCCAGUCUUCUCCCACAUGCCUGAGACGGCUGUGGACGCGCACGCGCAGGAUCUGGCCGACGCAGCGCAGGAGAAGCUCGCCGCCGAGCCCGCGGGUAAUGCUGCGGCGCACUUCUUCGCCAACGAUGCUCGUGCCCCUGAGCCUGCUUCGCUCGCGCCCAAGUUCACCUACGUCAAUCCCUUCGACCAGCUCGCCGCCGCCAGCCCCCGCAACCGCACGCCCGUCGCCGAGCCUUCGCGCGCCCCACCGAAGAUGCAAAUCCUCCAGCCCAAGCACGUCCUGCAGGCUACUGCCGCCGAGCAGGCUCUCGCCCACUCACACGAAACUGUGGCUGAGGCUGUCAGCGAUCUCGGCGAGCAGGUCAACCAGCAGAUCGAGGAGGCGCUCGCCGAAGCCGAGGGCAAGUCUGCUGCUCAGAUGGAGCAGGAGCUCAGCAACGUCACGGCCGACGAGGUCAAGGAGAUUGAGGAGACCAUGGUCGAUAUCGCUACCGAGAUCACCAAGGAGCUCGAGCAGGAGAGCAACAAGCGGGAGUUGGAGCAAGCUGUACCCAUGCCUCUUGCCGCUGCCUUGCAGCAGGUCGCUGCCGAGGUGGCUGACGCUGAUGUUGUCGAGAACUGGGAGACUGCUGCGGCCGAGGAGAGUGUCGCAAAGGGUGAGGACCAGACGGUAACAGUCUACCGAUUCCCGAUGCGUGCCUUCGCCUCCAUCACUGUCCAGGACAUGCCGCCUCGACGAGUCUUCUUCCAGCCCGAGUUGCUCAUGGAUAUUGCCAGAAUCAAGAAGGACUUUGACCAGAUCGACCGUUCGCUGGUCUCCGCCAGCAAACACUUCAUUGUUUACACGCUUACCAAGAAGGGUGGGUUCCGCAUCAUUCGCCAGGACAACGGCGAAUACCGCCAGGUCUUCGAGAACCACCAGGAACGCAUCUUCAACAUCGCCAUCUGCAACGGGGGCGAUGACGCUCAGCAGUCUCUCGAGAGCAUUCUUGGCAUUGGUGUCAACGGCACUGUCUUCUGGACCUCCCUUGACCCCGCUCGGGAGGAUCAGUUCGGGGAGAACCUUGACUCUCAGGGUCUUUUGCUCCCGCCAUCGCCUUCCCAGGACGAUAAUACAUCUGGCGGUCAGCUGAAGACCCGCGCCAAGCCAUCUUCGCGUCAUCCUGAGUUCUUUGCCGUCGGCCGCGGCAAGUCUAUCCACAUCGUCUUCCCUCGCGUUGCUGCAAGCUACGUCCGCCAGAAGUCCCGCAUCUGCCACACCGAAAAGUAUCUCAAGGAGCGAUCCCUCAAGAUCCUCACUGGGAAGGCCGGCAAGGAUUUCACCUUCAGCGAGGAUGACACUGUCAUAGUUUCUCUCGACAAGGCCGGACGCAUGCGUUUCUGGGACAUUCGCACUCUUACCGUCCCUGAACUCGGCAUUCCUGGCAGCGCGCCCAAGACUGUUGAGGUCUCGGACACCCUGCUCGAGUUCCACACCACUACACCAAACGCCAAGUCGUGGCCUACGUCAGUCUUCUUUUUCGACAAAGACAAGCCGUAUACUAAGGGUAUUGCGCUGCGCUACGUCAUGGUCGGCAUGAAGCAGAACCACUCCUUCCAGCUGUGGGACCUUGGUCUCGGCAAGGCUGUCCAGGAGAUCAACCUUCCCCACGGUAACGAAUCCGAUGCCAUCUGCAGCGUCUCGUUCCACCCCAAGACUGGCAUCAUGGCUGUUGCUCACCCCACGCGCAAUUCGAUCUUCUUUGUGCACGUCUCCUGCCCCAGGUACAACUUGCCUCUCCUGAGCCAGGCUGAAUACAUCUCUCGCCUCGCAAACAAGGGUGCACUGCCCCCUGUGAACGCAACGGCUAUCAUGACUAGUAUUACUGAGUACUCGUUUGCUUCCAAGGGUCAGAUCAGGAGCCUCCACAUGCUCAACGAGCCCGCUGGGCCCGUUGAUGCUGACGAUUCUGACAACGCCGCCUUAUUCGAGCUGUAUGUCAUGCACUCCAAGGGUGUCUGCGUCCUGCGCAUCCGCCGUAGCGAUUUGGGAUGGAAGAAGGAGAUUGGCGAGCCUCUGAACCCGAAGGAGGCUGAACAGGAGGGUAUCAUUACCAUCUCCCAACUCAAGCCUCCUGCUCCUGUCACUGCUACUGGUGACGAGUCUUCCACCGCUGGUGACGUGCCCACAGCUCCCAGGUCUGUAUCUGACCGCUCUGUCCGCGAGAGCACGAAGAAGGAGAACAGCACCGCUUCGAGACAGUCAAUGACGCCGGAGGCUGCGAUGCGCGCCUCCACUCUUGUUAAGGUUGAGAGCAAGCAGGACGCUGCUCGCGCCGCGAUUAUCAACGGCGGUGCUGCCGACAAGCCCGAAAAGAAGAAGAAGAAGCGCACCGCAGCCGAGACUGCCUCUCAGGCUUCAACCUCCACUCGUGCUGCUCCCUCGUCUUACGCGCAAAUUGCUCAGGCACCGGCCCUAGCCAAGUCACCUGCGCCUGAACCGACCCCGGCGUCUGCUCCUACUCCCAAAACUGCACCAGCUGCCGUGCCCGCGACCGCAGUGGCCUCCGAUACUGAGGUCCCCGAGUGGGCUAAGCAGCUCAUGGGCAAGUACAUGCAGCAGUCCGCUCCUGCGCCUGCUGCAGCCGCAGCACCAGCUGAGUUCGACGAGAAGAAGCUUGAGCAGGUCGUCUCAUCUGAGAUCACCAAGGGCUUCUCGCGCGAGUUGGACGUUAUGUACAAGCGCUUCGAUGAGGACAAGCGUGUCAUGAACGCUGCCAACGGAGCCAAGCAGGAGGCCAUUCUCCGUCUUGUGUCCAGCACUUUGACCGAGAACGUUGAGGGCGUCAUCCGUAAGAUGGUUGACGAGAACAUUCGCAAUGUUCUGCUCCCUGAAGUUCUCGCGCAGACAUCCUCAACUCUCGAGCAGAGCAUCGGUAGCAACCUCAAGACCGCCCUUGGUCCUCAGCUGUCUAAGGAGAUUCCAGAUGCCGUGUCUCGCGCUCUGAAGGCUCCUCAAAUUUUCCAGACUCUCUCUGAUCAGGUCGCCAAGAAGGUCUCCAGUGGCUUCGAGCCUAUUGUCGUUGCGUCUGUCGGAUCUGUCGUUACUCCCGCCAUUGCCAAACUCACCAACAUGAUUGAGCAGCAGAUCGGCGAGCAGCUCCGCCAAUCCCAAGUUCAGCGACUCGAGGACGCAGCCAAGAUCACUCAGCUCACCGAUACCGUGCACACCUGCUUGGACACCAUUCAAACGAUGCUCGCCACCCAGACCGAGCUCCAGGCUCAGAUUGCUAAGCUGCAGCAGUCCAUCGCCCAGGCACCCUCUCAGGCACCCUCUCAGGCGCCUACACCCAGGAGGGAAGUGGCACCUCCCAAGCACAAGACUCCUGAGGAGUUGGAGAUCGAGUCGAUCACCAGGCUCCUGACCGAAGGCAAUUACGAGCAAGGUACCAUGCAGUGGCUCCAGUCGCCGCGCACUGAUGAGCUCUUCGACGCCAUCUUCGUUCGUUGCAACCCGGGCUACCUGAGGCAAGUUAGUCCCUUGCUCGUCUUGUCGACCGGCGCAGUCGUUUCUGAGCCGCUCGACAACAACCUGGAGCAACGCCUGGCCUGGCUGGAUGCUGUUCUACAGAGCGUCAAUCCCCACGACAACGAGAUUCGCGACAUUGUCCCCAAGAUUAUGGAGGUGAUGAUUCAGCGCUUGACUGCCAAAUACAUCGAGCUUAACGAGACGACACCUGGUACCCCUCUUCUUCGCCGCAUCUCGGCUCUCGUCAGCCGUUGCAACGAUAUGACCCGUGCUACGCGUGGUUGA